CUUAGGCGUGCUUGAUGGACCCAUCGUGGAGUGAAUCACAGACUUACACAGGCCUUGAAACCCCGGGCGGUUUCAGAUAGGCUUCUCACAAUCGGUGGCUGGUUUGCACCGGGACCUCUUGGAUUUCCCUUUCAAAAAUGGAGAAGAGGGAUCACAGGGGCUGAAGGGGGACCAUGGGAAAUGCAAAGGCAGGCACUCGUGAUGGUGGGGCCCAGCGGCCGGACGCUCGGUGCCGACUCUCCCUCUGGGCUGCUAGCUUUCCUGCAUGCGGCUCUUUAUGAAACAGCUCUUCCAUGGCAAGGGACAACUGGUAAGAGUGACUGAAUCCAUUCUGUUACUGAGGCCAAGCAACAAACAACUUGGUUAGCCAUCUGACUCUAUAAUCAGAGCUCUAAUUACCCCAGCGGAGUAGACAGAACGGACGGUUAUGAAAUUCAGCUGAGGGGAACAAAACACACACACCCCAACGUGUGGGUCAGCAGACUCUAAGUUCCUCACCCUCAGUUAACCUUUCUGAACUGGGCCUUCCCAUCAAAGGGAUUGGCCAACGAAUGUGAGGUGAAGAUCCUAAUGUGUGAAAAUGAAGUCCCAGGCAACCAUGAUUUGCUGUUUAAUGUUAUUUCUGGCCAUAGAAUGUUCUCACUAUAGAUCCAAGAUCCACAUAAAAGAUGGAGAUAAACUUCAACAUCCUGAAGGGAAACUCAAGACUGGAAGGAUACAAGAGAAAUGCCGAGGACCUUGCAUCCCUGCUUCCAACUGCAGCCAGCCCUGUGCUCAGCCCUUUCAUGGAGAAAUAGGGUUUACAUGUCAUCAAAACAAGUGGCAAAAAUCAACUGAAACAUGUACAAGCCUUUCUGUGGAGACACUCUUUAAGCAGGACUUCAAUAGUGCAUCACGCCUUCCUCUAGCAGCAUCAUCCAUACCCGUGCACGUUCUUGACUUUCGAGCACCAGAGCCUGUGAAGAGUGUAGCUCAAGGAAUCCGCAGGAACUGUCCAAUUGAUUAUGCCUGCAUACUCGAUGUUGUGAAAUCAUCAGAAGCCACGUCUGGAAACAUCGCAUUUAUAGUGGAGUUACUAAGAAAUAUUUCUACAGAUUUGUCUGAUAAUGUUACCCAAGAUAAAAUGAAGAGUUAUAGUGAAGUGGCCAACCACAUCCUUGACACAGCAGCCAUUUCAAAUUGGGCUUUCAUUCCAGACAAAAAUACCAGCUCGGAUUUGUUGCAGUCAGUGAAUCUGUUUGCGAGGCAACUCCGCCUCCACAAUGAAUCUGAGAACCUUGUGGAUGAACUCUUCAUCCAGGCAAAAGGGCUUCGCAUCAACCACAAUACCUCAGAGGAGAAGUUCAAUUUCUCCGCAAGCAUGAACAGUACAACAGAGGGUAUCUUAGGAAUGAUAGAAAUUCCCACGCAAGAGCUGUGGAACCUGCCACCAAAUGCAUCCCAAGCCAUCAGCAUAGCCUUUCCCACCUUGGGGACCAUACUGAGGGAAGUCCACUUGCAAAAUGUGAGUCUUCCUAGACCUGUAAAUGGUCUCGUCCUUUCGGUGAUUUUACCAGAAGGACUGAAGCAAGUCUUAUUCACCUUCGAGAAGAUCAACAAAUCCCGCAGUGCCAGGGCACAGUGUGUUGGCUGGCACUCGAGGAAAAGGAGGUGGGAUGAGACUGCCUGUGAAACCACGUUGGAGAUCAUGAACAGAGUGAAAUGCUUGUGUAACUACACCAACAUGGUGAUGUCCUUUUCCAUUCUAAUGUCCCCCAAAUCUAUAGACAACAAAGUCUUGGACUACAUCACCUGCAUUGGGCUCAGCAUCUCCAUCUUUAGCUUGAUUCUUUGCCUGAUCGUCGAAGCCGCAGUGUGGUCCCGGGUGGUUGUGACGGAGGUGUCAUACAUACGUCACGUGUGCAUCGUGAACAUAGCCGUGUCGCUCCUGAUUGCUAAUGUGUGGUUCAUCAUAAACUCUAACUUCCACAAAAAGGCCCAGGACUCCAACUGGUGUGUUGCACUGACAUUUUUCAGCCACUUCUUCUACCUCUCUCUGUUUUUCUGGAUGUUCUUCCAAGCACUGCUCAUCAUCUACGGAAUAUUGGUUGUUUUCUGUAGGAUGAUGAAAUCCCGCAUGAUGGCCAUUGGCUUUGCCGUUGGCUAUGGGUGCCCGUUGGUCAUUGCUGGCACCACAGUUGCUGUCACAGUGCCAGAGAAGGGCUACAUGAGACCCGAUGCCUGUUGGCUUAACUGGGACAGUACCAAAGCCCUUUUAGCAUUUGCCGUCCCAGCCUUAGUCAUUGUGGCCGUGAAUCUUGUGGUGGUUUUGGUUGUUGCUGUCAACACUCAGAGGCCCUCUAUUGGCAGUUCCAAGUCUCAGGAUCUGGCCAUAAUUAUGAGGAUCAGCAAAAAUGUUGCCAUCCUCACCCCAUUGCUGGGACUGACCUGGGGUUUUGGAGUAGCUACACUUCUAGAAGGCACUUCCUUGAUAUUCCAUAUAAUCUUUGCCCUUCUCAAUGCUUUCCAGAGACAUUGAGCUGUGGCAUCUCUCACCCUAUUGAUCGUCAAGUUGGAUUUAGCUGAUCAGGCUGACUGGGUGGGAACCUCUUUCCUUCUGUCCUCAACCGAUCCACCUGUAUCCCUCCUGAAGUUUCAGUGUCAGAAGAAGUUGGCCUUCACUUAUAGAGAACCAGUCUUUGGUCAAAGAUGUGUGAGUCUACACUCACAUGGUAUGCCUCAAAACAAAGAAGUUUUUAUCCUUUCUCAAGCAGUUGGGAACUCAGUGAAAUAGUCAUUUUCCAUAGUAUGACGAGACAGGACCUGCCAUUCUCUUUGAGUGUUAACCAGUUGGGAGUUCUCAUGGCUCUUUCCUGUGAAAUAAAUCUAGGUUCUUCUUCAUUGAAAUGGAUCUUGCUGCAUGUUGCCUGACCCUAGAACUGUCACUUUUCUCUGGGCCUCACCCAUCUCCUUAGUAAAAUAAAGAUACGAAUCUGAGAUCAUCUCUCUCUUCUUUUCUUUUCUUUUCUUUUCUUGCUCUACCAUACUUGGUUUGGCAAAAUUAUCCCUCUAAUAGUUGCUUUACUCUAUGUUGGCUACUGAACUUGUACUUUUGGGAAGCUGUCACUAGCCAGACUGCUUUCCAUACCUAUGAGUAAUAGCAAGUUUGGCAGGUUCAUAUCCUUAAUUGUGCUUUUAAUCAGGGGUUGGCAAACUCCAGCCUGCUGCCUGUUUUUGUAAAUAGGUUUCCUGGAAUAAAGCCAUACACGUUCGUUUACAUUUUGCCUGUGGUUGCUUUUGAGCUACGAUGGCAAAGUUGAGCAGUUCUAACAGAAACUGUGUAGCCCGCAAAGCCAAAAAUAUUUAUUAUCUGGUUCUUCACACACACACACACACAA